AUGGCUGAACUUGAUUCUGAUUGGUAUUUCGGUUCGAGAAUAUCUAAUGAACCUAAGAGUGAUUAUUCUGAAUCUAGUGACGAGACCUUCAUUGACAAUGAAAAUAGAGCGGUUGACAACAAUACUAAUGAUACAUCCAUCAAAGACACAGAUUUAAAUUCCGAGUUUCAGUCGCUUAUUAUUGAUCUAGAUUCAAGCUCUGGCGAAGAAAGCGAUUCUUCACUUGAAGAAGUUAUUAGUCUAAAGCUAAAUAAAUUAAAACAGGAACAAAUGAGACUUACCUUGUUGAAGGAAAAAUCAUCAGCCACUGCUGAAACACUACACGUGGACUUGAAUGAAGUAAUAAUGAUAAAUGACCCUUUGAAUAAUCCACAAAUAUUAUCGUCAUCAUCACCUGAUUUGGAAGACCAUGAUAAUAAUAGUAAUAAUACUGCAUAUCAAAUUCCUGAAUUUCCAUCAUGUCCACUUGGAUCAAAUAAAGAAUAUGCUAUUCACAUAUUAAAAACUUCAAAGUUCAAACAAUCAACAAAAUUAUUUGCGCCACCUAUAUCAAAUGUUAAUGAUGGAUCCGCUUGGAUACCUAAAUCAAAACGAUCACGACUUCCAAUUGAAACCCGUAAGGAAGAUAUUAUCAAAAUCAUUCGUGACAACAGAGUAAUUGUUUUAAGUGGUAGUACUGGUUGCGGAAAGCAUCAUAUUGGUGCAAUUUCUUUAGCACAUCAUGUUGCAUUAGAAAGAAAUACUAAACUUCAUGGUCAAGUGGGAUAUCACGUUAGUGGUAAAUGUGGUUAUUCGGCUAUAACAAGAUUACGUUAUGUUACUACAAUGAUUUUAUUGGAAAUGUUAAAGACAGACAGAUAUUUGGCCUCAUUUACUCAUGUCAUUAUGGAUGAGAUUCAUGAACGUAAUAUAGACGAUGAUGUGAUGAUGUCUCAUCUAUGUGUUAUAUUAAGAAAAAACCCUGCUUUGAAAUUAAUAAUAAUGUCGGCUACAAUGAAUGUUAAAAAAUUUGCCAAUUAUUUUCAUGAAUUUGAAGCUGAAAAGGAUGGUUUUGUUAAUGAAAUACCAUGGAUAGAUAUUUCUAAAAAAGCUUUUCCUGUUGAUGUGUUUUAUUUAGAGGAUGUGUAUCAAGCAUUAGAUACACCUCUUUCACAGAGAGGUGCCAUAAUGAAUGACCCCAAAAAACCUUUUAUGAUGCAAGAACAUUGUGAUGUUUUUAUAAAUUGGAUAUUUCAAUGUCAUGUACAAACUCCUGCUGAUGAGGCAUUUUUAGUUUUUUCACCUGGUAUUGCUAUAAUUGCUGAAGUAGUAAGUUUCUAUAAUUUUUUAUUUGUUUAUCAGUCAAUGUUUCCUUAUACUGAUGGGAAGCCUACUCCUGCAAUCUCAUUGAUUAAACUUCAUUCAACCAUUACUAUUGAUGAACAAUGUUUAGUUAUGCAGAGGCCAAAACCAUGCUAUAGAAAAAUAAUAUUGGCAACAAAUAUUGCUGAAAGUUCUAUCACUGUUCCUGAUGUUUGUAUAAUAUUUGAUUCUUGUUUGCGUAAGGAUUUACUUUAUGAUAAAGAAACUAGAUGUUACAGUUUAAAUGAACAAUGGAUAAGUAAAGAUUGUGCCGAGCAAAGGAGAGGAAGAGCUGGAAGAGUUGGUCCUGGUAUUUAUCGAUUUGUACCCAAAGAAUUCUUUGAAAAUCUUCCUGAUGAAAGGACACCUGAGAUCUGUAGAACACCACUUAAUUCCUUACUUUUACGAUGCAUACAUGGAAAUCUUGGCGAUCCUCAAGAAUUGUUAUCUCAUUGUAUUGAUCCUCCUGAUGAUACAGCAAUUGAACAUGCAUUAGAAGAUCUGGAAGCAACUGGUGCUGUUAUCAAAUCAAAAAAAAAUAUUAAAGGAUCUGAUGAUUGGGUUCAAGGUGGCCUUGUUGCAUAUGAAUAUGAAAUUACUCGUCUUGGUAUAAUUUUGGCACAAGUUCCUUUGGACCUUCAUUCUGGUCUAUUAGUAAUUUAUGGUGCAAUCUUUGGUGCUUUAUAUGAUUGUAUGAUUAUUGCUGCAAUAUUGCAAAACAAAGGAGUCAUUGUUGAAUCUCCAAAUCAAGAAAUAGCUACAAGUGCAGCAUUAAAAAGAUUUCACUUGGAUUUACCUGACUGUCAACCAUUACAUGGUGGAUCUGAUUUAAUAGCACAAUUACGUGGAUAUCUGUUAUGGGAAGAAACUACACAAAAUGAUGAUGAUUUUGAUCAAAGCAAGGAACUAACAUGGUGUCAACAACAAUCCAUUAGUCUUUAUUGGAUACGAGAAAUACAAGAUCUUGUCAUCACUCUUCGAGAAUCUUUGUCUCAUCAAGGCUUAUGUUCGCCUGCUACAAAAGAAGAAAGAGACAAAACGCAUAGAAAUCAUAUAUUUAAUCCUAAUUUAAUUGACAAUAUACAUGCAAGCAAUAGCAAUGACCUUGAAGAUGAAGAGGAGAAAUCAGGAACAAGUCAAGAAACUACAUAUUCAAGAGAUAUCAAACAAGCAAUUCUAUUUCUUGAUAUGGCAGCAGCAUCUGAAGAAAUUUCAAGUCUAAAAAAAAAAAAAUCAAGUUCAGAAUUGCCAGAACUCAAUUUGCAUAACAAUCAUUCAAACUCCAAUAGUCGGAUUUGUGAAACACCUAAAAUUAUACAAAAAAAAACAAAUCCUUGGAUGAACGUGUUUGAUUAUGAAUAUGAAAUAACAUCAAACCAAGUCAAAUUGAAAAGAGAACCUAAUAUUCUAUUAAUCAACAUUUUACUGGUAACUGUUUUUCAUCAUAAUAUGUUGCGAGUUGUACCAAACACUGACAGUCACACAUUUAAAAAUUGCCCAGAGAAUUUUAAUCGAGGUCAUACAAUUGAAUUUUUGGCUAGAAUUCUUCCUCCAAAACCAAAAAUUAUAGAAACAUUUGAAAAAGAUAUUGGAAUAGUGCAAAAAAUAUCACAUCCCGAUAAUGAGCAGUUUAGCUCUGAUGCAGAGUUUGAAUCUUGUUAUAUUGAAUUUGCAAAACCUUGUAAACUUUUAUGGACACAUUCAACUAUCAGAAAUGUUCCAACGCUACCAGAUGCUGUCUUUUUGGCACAUAAAUAUAGUAACGUAAAAAAUUACAUCUGGACUGUUGACAACUCUAUGGUAUCUAACCCAUCAUCUGACACAACAUCAUCUGACACAUCAUCAUUUGACACAUCAUCAUUUGACACAUCAUCAUUUGACACAUCAUCAUUUGACAUGUCAUCAUUUGACACAUCAUUUAACUCAACAUUGUCUAAUUCAACUUCUAAUCCAGCAUCAUCUAGUAGUAAUUUUGAGGAUACAAAGGAGCCAAGAUUUUAUGCAGUUAACGGAAGUCCAGAAACUUCAGUUGCGCUUUCACCAAUAUUUCAAAAGCAGUCAACUAGAGUAUUUGCUUCAAAAUCUUCAUUAUUUUUUCCACUAAUAAUUACACCUGCAGAAUAUAAGUAUUAUACAGUUUGUGCAGGAAAAUUACUUGCGGUAGACCAUGGAAAAUUAGAUGUUGGAGAGUAUAUUACAUGUCUUAUGGCACCUUUAAAUUCCGAAAAAAACGUGGGGGAUAUCAUUCUUGCAUUAUUUGCCAACAAGUUAAUCAACAAUGAUCCAUUGUGUGGAUGGCACGUUAAUGUAAAUUUGACACAACAUCCCAUAUUCGAUCAAAAACCAUUAGAUUUUGAUUCAAGAUUAAUUGAUUCCUUUAGAUAUUUUCUGAAACAAGCAUUGGUUGAAGAGCAGCCAAUGGUAAAUGAAUCAUUAUCAGAAAAUCUUUUUGAUGAUGAUUUUUUAUCGUUCACAUCAUCAUCAUAUUCAAAUAAUUGUGAAAACUUGACUAAUAUUUGGCGAACAUGUAAAAUCACACCAGAUCAGGCAGGAAAAGGGCUCAUAAGAACAAUUUUAUUACUUAUAUUUUCAGAUUUAGUGGCAAAAGUUCGUGAAUCAUAUCCGAUAUCAGAGAUAACACCAAAGGAACUUCAUGACAUGAUUUCUGAAACACCUAAACCAAUAAUCCUCGAUGUACGUGAGAAAGAUGAACAAUCGAGGGGAAUUAUACCGACGGCGAUUCCCUUAUCACGAGGAGUACUAGAGAGAGAUGUUGAAAGAAAAGUUGUUAGCAUAGAUGAAGUUAAUGUAGAUAAUGGAAGAAAUAUUAUUGUUUAUUGUGCAGGAGGUCUUAGAAGUAUUCUAGCAGCAGAAAGUUUAAUUCGCUUGGGCUACAAGAAAGAAAAUGUUAAAAGUUUAACUGGAGGCUAUGAUGAAUGGAAAGAAGGUGGUUUUGAAGUUGCUGGUUAUGAUGGCUCACAAAAAUCAUAA